AUGGUGUCUCGACACGAUAUAGAUUCUAAAGAUGAAAAUGCAAUACGAUCUCACGGUCAUAAAAUAAUAAAAAAAUUAGGUAAAGGAACUUAUGCAACUGUUUACCUGACAGAAUUUUUAGAAGAUUCAAAUAAAGAGAAAUCUAAAUUAAAUCAAUUUGCUUGUAAAAUAAUGGACACGCAAAAAAGUCCCGAAGAUUUUGUUAAAAAAUUUUUACCAAGAGAAUUGAAAGCACUAAGAGAAUUACGUCAUCCACAUAUAAUUCACAUACAUUCAAUAUUUAAAAAUGACAACAAAUAUUUAAUAUUUAUGCGAUACGCUGAGAGAGGAGAUCUUUUAGAAUUUACAAUUAAAUAUGGAGCAAUACGUGAAAGUCAGGCACGUAUGUGGGCAAAACAAAUAUCUUUGGCACUUGAAUACUUACACGAAUUACAAAUGGCGCACAGAGAUUUAAAAUGUGAAAAUAUAUUAAUAACAAAUAAUUUUAAUGCUAAAGUUGCCGAUUUUGGAUUUUCAAGAUUUCUCUUAGAUGAUAACGGAAAUAAAGUUUUAAGCGAAACUUAUUGCGGAUCGACAUCUUAUUCCCCCCCAGAAAUAUUAAAAGGUAUACCAUAUAAUCCGAAAGCAUCAGAUAUUUGGUCAUUAGGUAUAAUAAUUUACGUCAUGCUUAAUAAAGCUAUGCCAUUUGGAGACAUGUCGGUUAAAAAACUCUACGAAGAACAAGUUAAAAAAAAAUGGAAAUUUAAAUCGUAUAUAUCAACAAUUAUAAGCGCACAGGUGAAAGAUUUAUUGAAUAAUAUGCUUGAACCUGAUCCUGCAAAAAGAUUUACGGUCGAAAAAGUAUUAAAUUCAGAAUGGAUACGUAUGGAUCCGAGAAUUCAAGGGAUGUCAGAAGAAGAAAAUUUAGCUUUAAAGGAAGCAAAAGAAAAAAGGCAAAAAUUAGAAAGAAAAAAAUGUCAUCUUUUAAAAAAUAAAAAUCCCGUAGAAGCAAAAUGA